AUGGCUGAUAUUUGCUUAGUCAUUCUUGCUCUUUGUUUCCCAUCAAUUUCACUUUGCUGCAAAUACGGAGAAUGCAAUCAAACAGUAUGUAUUUGUGUUAUUCUUGAAUGUUUCCUUUGUUUCUGGGGAGGAGUUAUUUUUGCUUUAAUCAAACAACUUGAAGAUUAA